ACGACCACCAGCUCUGCUUCAAAUUAUAACAUAACGAUCUUGAUUCUCGAUGGCUGAAGGAAGCAAUUACGAUUAUCUCUUCAAAGUCGUCCUUAUUGGAGACUCCGGUGUAGGAAAAUCUAACCUCCUUUCGCGUUUCACUCGAAACGAGUUCAAUCUCGAAUCCAAAUCUACUAUCGGCGUCGAGUUUGCUACGAGAUCCAUAAAUGUUGACGGCAAGACUGUGAAGGCUCAAAUUUGGGACACUGCUGGACAAGAGCGAUAUCGGGCCAUUACCUCUGCCUACUAUCGUGGUGCCGUCGGCGCUCUCUUGGUCUACGAUAUCGCAAAGCAUGCCACCUAUGUCAACGUCACUCGAUGGUUGAAGGAACUCCGGGACCACGCUGACUCGAACAUCGUCAUUAUGCUUGUUGGAAACAAGAGCGACUUGAAGCACCUUCGAGCUGUGCCCACCGACGAGGCAAAGGCAUUUGCCACUGAGAAUGGAUUGUCAUUCAUCGAAACUUCCGCGCUGGACGCUUCGAAUGUCGAGAGUGCCUUCCAGACCAUUCUGACCGAUAUCUACAGGAUCGUUUCGGCCAAGUCACUCGAGUCUUCAUCUACGAACAUCGAACCGCCCACACAAGGUAUCAGCGUUACUGCCCCGGAACCUGCAGAUAAGGGUGGCAAAUGCUGUUAAUCCACUUGUGCACCCCACACGACCUAGUUACGAAUCUUUACAGAGAUUAUGUGUUUUCGUUGUUGGUGUAUUGAUACCUUUGUCUUUCUGUAAUUGCAUCUAUUUAUUUUCA